AUGGAGACCAACUGGCCUCCCCUGCCACCAGACAUCAACUCCUCUGCUGCGCCAAGCCCCUUCCUCUUUUCUUACCCGCGCCUCUUCAACAUCUCCUCCAACCUGUCCACCCAGAGCGUCCCCUUCCAGGGCAGCAGCACUCUGGUGACUGCGGUCAUCUCCCUCACCGUCUUCAUGGUGGGUCUGACCGGCAACACUCUGGCCAUCUACGUGGUGCUGCGCUAUGCCAAGAUGAAGACGGUCACCAACAUCUACAUCCUGAACUUGGCUGUGGCCGACGAGCUCUACAUCCUCGGGCUCCCCUUCCUCACCACGCAGAAUGUGCUCUCCUAUUGGCCCUUUGGCUCGUUCCUGUGCCGGGUGGUCAUGACCGCGGACUCCAUGAACCAGUUCACGUCUAUUUUCUGUCUGACGGUCAUGUCCAUUGAUCGCUACCUGGCUGUGGUUCAUCCGAUCCGCAGCACCAAGUGGAGACAUCCCCGCGUGGCCAAGGCGGUGAGCGCCGCUGUGUGGGCCGUGUCCUUUGUGGUGGUCCUGCCGGUGGUCAUCUUCUCUGAUGUCCAGGAGACAUUUAACUCCUGCAACAUGAUCUGGCCCGAGCCGAAGGACGUGUGGUCGACAGCCUUCAUUCUCUACACUGCCACUGUGGGCUUCUUUGGACCGCUGCUGAUCAUUUGCCUCUGCUACCUACUUAUCAUCAUCAAGGUGAAGUCCUCCGGGGCCCGGGCGGGCUUUACCAAGCGGCGCCGCUCGGAGCGCAAGGUGACGCGGAUGGUGGUGGUGAUCGUGGUGGUGUUUGUGCUUUGCUGGCUGCCGUUCUUCAUCAUCAACAUGGUCAACCUGGUCGUCAUCAUCCCGGAGUCCAGCAUCACCGCAGGCGUCUACUUCUUUGCGGUCAUCUUGUCCUACGCCAACUCCUGCGCCAACCCGCUGCUCUACGGCUUCCUGUCAGACAAUUUCAAACAGAGUUUCAGAAAGGUGCUUUGUUUGAAGAGGAUGAGGUGCAAGGCAAACGGCGUAGAUGAUGGCGACCCCAGCGCCCCUCGCACUGAGAAAUCCACUGCACAAGACUGCAUCCUGCUCUCUCCUCGUAACCACAUCUACGAAGAUGCCGAGACCUUCCAGAUCUCUUCUCACCCUCCAGACCGGCCUGUCUCGCACACAGCAGCAGACCUGCACCGCUCCAUCCCCGCCCAUCAAGCUCCCCCCACUUGCCCCGGGAUCGGGCCCACAACUGCUACCACAGUGACCUCCACCGCGGCCACCCCUGCUGAUCCUCCCACCGUCACCGCCCUGACUGCGCCUGCAUUCUCUGCCACCACAGCCACACAGCAGCAGUAG